CUUUCCAGGAAAGUGAACAAAGCAUUGUCUGUUCUAUUCAUCUCCCUACUUCUAAUCAUUAUGAUUCCUCUGUACAUACUCAUUCGGAUCUUUGUCCACAUACUUUUUUUUGUCUUGUCGAUCCUGGUCAAGAUCCAGAGUCACGGUUACAAAUCAAUUCGAAAUAACGAUCCUGUUAACAUUUCCAGACGGUUCAUCAUGAGAUUCGAUGAACGCAUAGGAAAUAAAAGCAAGAAUUUACUGGCGGCAGAUGCAGAUGCUAGCAAUGUGAUCGACGAGAGUCAUUUGGUGGAGAUAGAAAGACCGGACUUCCUUGAAUGCGCCUACUCACACGCUUUAUACAUAGUCAAAAAAGACAUCAGGUGGUUGCUCGUCUAUAUCGAGAGUGAUCAGAACAGAGAGGCCGUCGAUUUUACCCAUGACGUCCUAAUCAACAAAAAGUUCCUCAAGUUUAUCAAGGACCGCAAAAUUCUAGUAUGGGGUGGUGAUAUCAGUGAAAGUGAGGCUUUCCAGACAUGCAACCAAUUCAAUAUCACCAAAAUACCCUUCUUGGGUCUUUUCUGCUUGACCGUCAACCAGAUCCCAACCUCUUCUGGCAUGCAGCAGUCUGCUCCCGUGCUAUCAUUGGUGGCAAAGAUUCAAGGCUAUAAGAGCCUAAAUGCAACGCUGAAUAAACUCGACCGUGCCUACAAGAAAUACAACCACACUGUGAACCAGUUGAAGUUGAACUCCAGCUCGUUACAUGGUGCGGUUCGAAAUUUGCAGGGAGAGGCGUACGCCAACUCCUUGCGGAGGAGUCAGCACCAAAGGCAAGAGAGGCAACAAAAUCAAGAAGCUUUGCGAAUUCAGUGGCUCAAGUGGAGGAAGUCUACCCUUGUGCCGGAAUGCAAUGAGCGGGGCGAAUACUCACGAAUUGCCAUCAAGCUUCCAGAUAGCUCCAGAGUACAAAUCAAGGUCAAGAAAACAUGCUCAUUGGAAGAGAUAUACGCCUUGGUGGAGUGCACUUUUCUUCAGCAGGUUGAAAUCGAUGACUCAGUGGUUUACGAGCAGCCUGCAAAUUAUCGCCAUGAGUACAAGUUCGACAUCUACAGUCUGGUGCCAAGACAGAUGUUGCCAAGAGACACUACAUCGGUAAUAAGUGAGAACCCCUUGGUCUACCCCAACGGGAAUCUCAUUGUGGAGCCUAGAAGU